AUGCUGCUGCGGCCAAACAACGAACUGAUGAUUCUUGUUGAUCGCAUGUCAGAAGCAUACGCAAGACUGACGGCGAUCACCACCGAGAACGCAUCGUACCUCUGGGAGUUAGAAGAAUCACGAAAUGAGGUCCACGAACUGCAAAAGGGAAUUUCCAGUCUGAAAGAGCUCGUCCAGUCUCUGUCAACGAAUGCUUCUACUACACCACCCAGGACACAUGUCAGCAGUCCAGGGCGAAGCUGGGCAUCCAUUGUUUCGCAAUCAUCGUUAGCGUCGUCUAACACUCGAGCGGCGCAUACCGAAACGGGCCUCCCUGCUGUGAUACUAGAUCUAUGCUCUGCUAGAGAGGAGACCAAGACUCUGGUGGACGGCCCCACACAGAUGCGAGAGAAGAUCCGUACAGCACUUCAAGGUGAGACGACGACGGUGAGUGUCGACAUCGUGGGGGUAAAGCCUACCUCGCAGACUACUGUGAAGAUCUUCGUCGACUCAGAGGAAAGCGUUGCGAAUCUCCGCCAGGCAACACACUGGCUGAACACCUUGCCGGGGGCUAAGCGGUUGGGCGAACAGUGGUUCCCUAUCAAGUUGAAUGACGUUCAGAAGACAAUAGUUUUUGUAGCAUCGGGUGCGCAACGGGAGGACUUCGCAAGAACCCUCCAAGAUGAGAAUAGAGUCGGGGAGAUUAAAAAGAUCAUUUGGCUAAGCGGAAAGAAAACGUUACGGAUCUAUGGCAAUCUACCUCUCCCGCCAAGCAGACGCAGAAGCCCUGCUCAACCGUUGUAUCGUCCACGUGCGGGGGAAAGCGACUUUCUCGGACAGGUUUUAUGA